GCGGCAGGAACGGGGAGCCAGGUUGCGGGCUGCGCUCCCCGAUGGCUGCCAUGUCGCCGCUGGCCGCCGGCCUGUGGACGUACGCGGUGGGGCUGAAGGUUGUGGCGGAGCAGCUGCUGAGGCGCCGCUUCUCGCUGCCAGGUUGAUGUUAAAUGGAUGAAAUCUCCAUGUUUAGAACUGUGUCCAAGAAGCAAUGGAGCAAAAGACCCCAGAAGGCUCCACCUCAGACCUAAAACUAGUUUGUCACCCAAGAGCAAAAAGUAAAGUCUGGAAGUACUUUGGAUUUGACACAGACGCUGAAGGAUGUAUACUGCAGUGGAAGAAAAUCUACUGCAGAGUUUGCCGUGCUCAAAUAGCUUAUUCUGGCAACACCUCCAACCUUGCCUACCACCUUGAGAAGAAUCAUCCCAAUGAAUUCCAUCAAGUUGUCAAGGGCAACGCUGAACAGUCAAGGGAGUCAUUUACCUCUAGUUUCUUGAAACAGGAGUCUGAAGGUGCGCAUCUGAGCAUGCAAGAUGCAAUCUUGAAAACUUCUUACAGCCAAGACAGUAAACGGCACCAGGAAUUGACCACUCUGGUCACCAGCUUCAUAUGUGAAGGGCUUUAUCCUGCCGCAGUGGUAGAGGAGCCAACUUUCAAAAAGCUCCUUAAAAUGGCUGACCCGAGGUUUGAGCUCCCUGGCAGGAAGUAUUUCUCGAGCAAAGCUAUCCCUGAGCGCUACCAUGUUAUUCGGACCGGUGUGGAGAAAGAGUUGGCUCUGGCAGCGUGGUGUGGGGUCACUGCUGAUCUAUGGACAGCACAGGGUCGAAACCGACGCUACAUGUCUCUAACUGCCCACUUCUUGGGUGGCACAAGCAGCAGCUCGAACCCUCUGAAGUUCACUUCCAAGUGUCUCACCACGUUCGAAGUGGCGGACGAAUAUACAACAGAGAACUUGGCUCAUGCCCUAGUUGAGUCCUUCAGAGAAUGGGGAAUCAGUAAAAAUGUGUUGGGUGCCACAACCAGCAGUGACUGUGAAAGUGUGGUGAAUGCCUGCUCCCUGCUAAAUCUCCCUGUGCAUAUGCCGUGUUUUGGCCAUGCAAUCAACCAAGGGGUAAACCGAGCUCUUCAGCUGCCAAAGCUCUGCACCCUUCUUCUGAAAUGUAAUAAGCUGGUUGAGUACUUUAAACUGACACCAAGGGCAGCCUACGCAUUAAGUGAGAAGCAGAAGCAACAGUAUUUAAUGCAGCACCAACUUGUAAACGACUGCAGCACCUGGGGAAACACCCUUUCGAUGCUGCAGCGUCUGAGGGAGCAACAUACCACAAUUGCAGCUUUGUUGUUUGAGGACAGCAUGAAUUAUCAUUUGAUGCCAGAAACCAGUGAGUGGAACACCAUUGAAGGGCUGGUGGAAUUGCUGCAGCCAUUCCAGCAAGCCACCGAGAUGAUGGGCAGAUUGAAGUACCCAAUCAUUAGCAUGGUAAAGCCCCUGCUUCACGUCCUGUUGAGCUCAACCUUGAAGGUUGGCGAUUCAGACUCUCAUUUACUCAGUGCUGUGAAGGAGACAAUUGCCAAAGAGUUGUCUGAAGUGUAUCAGUUGUCCCCAGAGCUGGAGCUCUUCCUCCACUCUGCGACAUUUCUUGAUCCAAGGUACAAGAAAGUCCCCUUCCUUUCACCGACCCAGCAGAAGCAGGUUGAGAAUAAGAUCCUAGAGGAAGCCACCAGUCUCUUGGAGAAGGACAAGGAGAGCUUUGCUGGAGGAGAGGGGAGCUUUGCCCUCGAAGAGCCGCCACUGAAAAAACGCACAGUGUCACUGAAACCCUACAGCACUGGGAGCAUCAACUUCAUGUUGGCGGAAAUCUUUGGGCAGGCAGGCAACAGGGACGAAGACCAAGAUGGGUGGUGCUCCCAAGCCAUGGAAGAACUGAACAACUACAAAUCGCAGAAGCUUCUGGAAUUGGGUGACGAUCCGCUUGCCUGGUGGUCCGACCGAGUGGCUUUAUUCCCCACCCUAAGCAAACUGCUGCGGAAAUACUGGUGCGUUCCCGCCACGAGCAUCCCUUCCGAGCGGCUGUUCACUGCAGCGGGCAAUCUGGUGAACACCAAGCGAAACCAGCUGGCUCCGACUGAAGUUGACCGGCUCCUGUUUCUUUAUGAGAAUACUCGAGUUGAUCGAGAGGUAGUGGCGGACGAUGAGUAGGACUGAGAUCUGGACUAAUAGCAAGAAGUCGAUCAUGUUCAGUUGUGAAAGAAGUAAUCAAAAGGGUAAUCAAAGUUGUGAGUUCCUAUUGAUUUAAAAUAAAAGAAUUUUAUUUUUUUGGAAUGAAUAUAUGAUGAAGUGGUGUAUAUAUAACAAAAAAAUCUAAUGGAUGACCAACUGUACAGAUUUAAAAAUUUUUAUUUAAAAAGCCUACACUGAUGGGAUCUAUAUUUGCUUUUGUCGAUCAGAUAAGGGGGUGACUGAGAAGUAGCUGUGUUGUUGCACCAAAAGUAAGUUCCAGUAUUACGUAUUUAGUCCCCAGCAAAAGUGAUAUGAGCAAUAAUCUAACAUUCCUUUAAUUCUGCUGCCAUUUUUUAAUCUCAGCCAUAGACAACAUAUUGGAAAAAAUGCAUACACAAGCCUUGUGAUAUUACACAGUACCUGAAGGGCUAAAAUCUGAAAGUUGGAGAAAAAUGUAGCUUCUUCGAUGAUUUAGGGAGGCAAUUUCAUAAAGAACUGUAUAAAAUAAACUCUAAACAUGCUCUAUUUUUGUCUUGUUUUUUUUAAGGGAAUGAACAAUUGCAAGCUUUAACGUGAUAACUUGGCCACUGUGACUUCAUGUAAUAAUACGUAUUGUCUCGUCUUUUCUGUGUGCGGUCUAUCACCCAGUUGUGUAGCUGUUUAUUUUCUUGUUUAAUGGCAAUUAAAGCACAUUUGAAAUUCUGCAAAAUAACUUGUGAAGUUUCACAAGAGAUGCAAUUCAUUUAUUGUUCAGAGCUAUUUGACUUGUGUGAUUGCUCCUACAUUGCCUCUCUGGGCAAAUUUCAUUCUGGGGCACCUAAGUAGCCAUGCCAUUUUAAUGUUGAUAGAAUUUAUACUUCUGCUCAUCAGCUCUUAAUAUUUAAAAAUAUAAAAAGCAUGUUCAGCACACUUUAAAGUUCUUCCAUUAAACUGUUGUUUCAAAAGUAACCUACAAGAUGUAGCACCUUCAACAUUGUAAAGCUCGUUGCACCGUGGAGUUGGCAUUGACUUGUAUGCACUCUCAAGCUGUGCAAUGGUACAGAUGUAGUUUUGCACUUCAGUUUUUAAUAAAGUGGUAUCUUGUCCA